GACUUGCAACAGGAACCUCAUCUGUUGCAAACACUUUGAGCCUUCCUUAUUUCUCAGAGAGGAAGUAUGUGGCCUGUUUGGCAAAUGCUGCUCUACAUGACAGCGUGAACUUCACAACACACUCAUUCGCCCGGCUGCUCCUCGCCUUGAUCAGCUAAACCUUGCUGGCAGCGUGAGAGCAGUAUUAUGACUACGGCUUUUUUGAGAAAUACUGCAACCUGGAAUAUCAUGCCCAGCAUUUAAAGUUCUGAAGAGCUUUGACAGAAGUAGAGAGCACAAUGGGAAAUACUAUGAAAACGACGAGAGCCUCCGCGGAAACAAAUGUGGCGAGCCAAACAGGUCAGGAGAGUGAUUUCCUUGCUGUCCUCUAUGACUAUCCCUCAGCAGACAUAAGCCAACCUAUAUUUCAUGUAGGAGAAAAACUGCGUGUGCUAUCAGAUGAAGGAGGUUGGUGGAGAGUCCAUUCCCUUACAACAGGUCGAGAAAACUAUAUUCCAGGAAAAUAUGUAGCAAAGGUUUAUCACGGAUGGUUAUUUGAAGGGCUGGGAAGAGAAAAAGCAGAGGAACUUCUACAGCUUCCCAACACCAAGGUUGGCUCCUUCAUGAUCAGAGAGAGUGAAACAAGGAAAGGAUUAUAUUCCCUGUCAGUGCGGCACAGGGAAGUGAAACAUUACAGGAUCUUCCGCCUCCCAAACAACUGGUAUUACAUCUCUCCACGGCAAACCUUUCAGUGCCUUGAAGACCUCGUGAAUCACUACUCAGAAGUUGCUGAUGGCCUCUGCUGUGUCCUUACAACACCCUGUCUUACCCAGUGCACUAACAACAACAGCGUAAUGAAUCCAGUUCCUCCUGUGGUCAUGCGGAAUAAAAACUUCAACUGGAGAAGCAUUCACAGGCUGGAGAUGACUGAAGAUACUGAAAGCACACUGGCAGCAAUAGAUGAUUCUUGUCUCAGCUAUGGCCUGCGGGAAAGCAUUGCUUCCUACCUCUCCUUGACAGGGGAUGACAACUCUUCUUUUGUGAGUGCCAGAAAGAAGAAAGCCCAGUCUCUGAUAUACACGGGGAGCAAGCAUAAGAGCGCCAUUCACUUGCCACCUACAUACUACGAAGACUGAACCUAGGACAACCAGCGGGGUAAAUGAAAACUGAGGGAUUAAAAACAAACAACAACCAGAGCACCCUGUGGUCUUGCAGUCCUUCAACAGCUGAGAGAUACAAGUGCACCAGCUGAUGAUCAAAUGCUGAUUAUGCUUCUGCAUUUCGUCUUCUGAACGUUAACCAGAGACUUUCUUAAGGGCACCAUCUUAGCCAUGGCAAAGACUCCUUAGCCAUGCUAGGAGUGUGCCCAGCGCGCCUGAAAUAAGAACUUGCUCAUAAGCAAGAUAAACUGAGACAAACUCUAAGUCAAGAGUCAAGUGAGGCAGAGGACUUUUCAGUAAGGGUGAUGCCCACCACUGUACAACGGUGACUGCAUAGGAAAGGACUAUCUACAGCUCAAGACCUUAAUUUACGUCUUAGUCUGGUAUUUUCCACAAGGCUAAACCAUGUUUACAGAACCUACAUACACUGAGAGAAAGAGCCUUUUUCUUCUCCAUUUGUAAUCAUUCAUUACUAGUGAUAUUGGGUUGGAAAGUCUCCAAGAAAAUAACAAAUAACUGGUAUCCAAGGGACGCUUCAUUACAUUGACUCGAUACAUCAUUUUUACGUAUAUGUGUAUACGUCUGUCAUUUUUACUUUCUAGGAGAAAAAUGUAAAGUUACUGAAUCUCCAAGUGGCUUUUAAUUCAACUGGUGGGAAUGGCCUGCAGUGUCACCAAAAGGUCACAAACUGAAAAACAGACUUAACUCACUGAGAAGAGCAGUUCCUGCUUAGCCCUGAGAUGGGAGUACAGGCAUAUCCAAAAGCAGAAUUUAUCUGGUCAUAGUCUAGCAGAUAUUCGUCAAAGAAUAAAGUGUGUUUUUUUUUUUUGUUUAAGUGAAAAGUAAAAGUUCUUAAUAUCAUACCUACCUGCAAAGGUAGGCUUGCAAAAGUGUGACCUUUGAAAAGAGAACAAGACUUUAACCCGAUCUCCUGAAGGCACCCCAUAUUUAUGUAUAAUAUUUAUAUUAAUAUCAGAUUUUUAAAUAAUUAAACUAAGUGAGCAAAUCAGAAACACUGGAUGUUAAAAAGAGUUUUCUGAAUUUCUUGUCUGAAGAGAGAUAUGUGAAAUAGUAAUGACAUUUCAUCGAAUUGCUUAAAGACUUCUUUAGGCAACUGGGUUGUUUAAAAUCUUACAGAUUAGAACUUUUUUUAUAUAUAUGUACCCUUUGUUAAGUUAAAAAGAAGCACAACGCAUGGCCCUUUGAACUUUAUUUGUGAUUGCUUUCUAAAUCAAGUAAUCACUCACACCUGGGGGUAUAAGAUGGUACAAUUUACCUGAGUGGAGAUCUUUUCAAUCCAUUGCUCUGCUAUACCUUUUUGCACAAAUCUGAGUUUAGAGACAUAGCCAACUGGGUAUGUGUGUAUAUAUUUUUAUAUAUAUAUUUCUUCUGUAAAUAUCUUUCAUCACAAAUGUGUGCUCUACAGAUCUUAUAAUAGAUCAUUUGCACUAGCAAGAGAGCAAGAGAAGUUCAGAGAUCAAAAUAGUUCACAGCCUAUUUAAACAUUUUUCAGAAUUUAAAGGAUGAAUGUAAUUUGGCUGAUAAACCUUGAACAAAAGGUUUGAACACAAAGCAAAAUGAACUCAGGAACUCUAGAUGUUUGUAUAAUCUCAUUACUAUUACUGAUCAUUAAUCUGUUAUUGUGGCAAGUGUAUUUUAACCAGUGAAAUGUAUUUGGGGAGCAUUACAGAUUUCCAAGUCACAACUUGUAUUUAUUCAUUAAAAUAAUAUCUAGUAGUUGCUUUGUCUUGCUUUUAGAAAAUCAAAAACCUGGGAAAAAACUAUUACAAGCUCCCAGUCUUGCAAUGAUACAGCAAGAAGAUACCUUUGAUAGAAAACAACAGAAGAAUCCAAGAGUCCAUGUAACCAGGCAGCACUUUGAAAACACUUCAGUCUCCACUCUGUAGGAAGGGGAUAAGACAUGUUCUGAUGACAAGUACGCAGACUCACAGAAUGGUUAAGGUUGGAAAGGACCUGAGGAGGUCAUCUGGUCCAAGCCCCUGCUCAAACAGGGCCACCUGGUUGCCCAGCUCCACGUCCAGGUGGCUUCUGAAUAUCUCCAAGGAGAGUGACUCCACAACCUCUCUGGGCAACCUCUUCCAGUGCUCUGUCACCCUCACAGUAAAAAGAGAGCUUCCUGAUGUUCAGACAG